AUGCCUCGUGGUGGCAAAAUUCGAAGGCUCCAAGAUAUGUUGCCCCCGUCUCACAUUGCUCCUGAUAGAGAUGAACUGAGAGAGCCCGAGAGAGUAGAUAAAUCAGUUCACCAGCCUCCUAAACAACGGGGACAGGGAAAUGUGAUUGGAAUUGAUCCUAUUGCUAUUGAAAGAAUUGCUAUUGCCGUUGCAUCUGCUAUGCGUAAUAUUGACAGAGAUUUCAGUAUUGAAAGGGCUACAAAGUUAGGGGCUAAAGUGUUCACUGGCACAGCCGAUCCUGCAGUUGCACAGGCAUGGAUGACUAAGAUAGAGAGAGUAUUUGAUGUUAUGGGUUGCUCAGACGAUAGGAAGUUGUGUCUCGCCACUUUCUUAUUAGAGGAAGGUGCAUACGAUUGGUGGCAGUCGGUACGGAGCACAUAUCUAGACCCUUCCAUCAUCACUUGGACAGAAUUCAGACGUAUCUUUUAUGAUGCCUACUACCCUCGGUCCUAUAAAGAUGCAAAGCAGGAGGAAUUUUUGAAACUAGUACAAGGGCAGAUGACAGUUGCAGAAUAUCAGGUGAGAUUUAUUGAACUUUCAAAGUAUGCCCAAGUUCUGGUAAGCAACGAAAUUGAUAAAUGUAGACGAUUUGAAAAUAGGUUAAUGGAAGAAAUUCGAUCAGUAGUAACAGCUGCAGGCUGGAAUGUAUUUGGCAAAUUGGUGGAAUCAGCUUUGAGAGUAGAAAAGAGCAUUUCUGAUAGGCCAAGUGGUAGAGAACAAAUAAUGUUUUGA